AUGGAGCUAGCAAUGAAGCACAGGAAGGUCUCUGAUCAAUCUGGUCCUGAUAAGGCUACCACCAACGCUGAUUCACUCAUGAUCUUUUCGUUGAUGAUGUACAACGAUCAGUGGGACUGGACGGUAUACGGCAAAGCUCGCGAUUUAGCACGACUUACGCAGAAGCUUGAGGAGGCUAACAGGAAGAGAAAGGGACAGAACCCGUAG